AUGUCUUGUUGUGUUGAUAACAUUGUUAAAAUAACUCAAGUUCGUCAAACUGAUAAGGAUGAAUCAAAUUUUUCUGUUGUUUGGGCUUUGGGUGUUUAUCCAGUUGAAAGUGAGGAUCACGAGAUUGAAGUGACUCUUUUUGUUCCGGUUAAUAAGGAUGAAAGAGAUCCUAAUACUCAGUCAGUUUUUGUUAGAGGUGAAUUUUAUAGUGUUUGUGGAAAAGUUGUAUCUGGAAUGACAGCUUUGUCAUCAAUGCAUCUUACUCUCCAAAGGGAUCUUGGUUCAAAUCAUUGUUCCUUAAAAGUUUCUUUAGUAGGUGUUGCACAAAAUUUUCCAAAGAAAAUUGAUAGUGAAAGUGCGAUGUUUAAAUUGUUGUAUCUUAUGAAUUCUGUUUGUCCAAAUGAAUCUGUUCUUUUUGUUGUUGGUCAUAUGGAAGAUUUAAAUGUAUAUGCUGUUGAUACUUCUUUUGUCGAUUUUUGUUCUGUGGGUAAGAGGAAAAUUUCUAGUUUAAACGAUUCUCAGUCUACAUCUGGGUUGUAUAGGUCAGUUCAUUCAAAGUUUUUAACCGUUCAUCAAAAUGUUAUUGAGAAGCCACCUGGAGUGUUUUUGGGUGAAGUGGAUAAACUUCUAGUAGAUUUAGAUGUUACCAGUUCUUGUUCAAGACAUACUAGAGUUGAAAAUGUUGAGGAUGAUGAUCUUUAUGUUAAAGAUAUUAAUUUUGUUUAUAGUAAUUGCAAGCAGUCAGUUGUAGAUAGUAAAGUUCAUGUAAAUAAUAUUGAUGAACAUGAUAUUAGUGGUGCAAAUGUUAGUGGAAGAAAUAUUUGUGAUUCUGGUAAGGAAAAUAAGGGUAAGGAGAAAGUUAUUCAACCUGUAGUGCAUAAUAUGAGAAGUCGUGUUGAAGCGGUUAAG